UCAAAUCAAAAACAGAAAAAGGAAGCAAGAGAGCCGCUGGGGCUGUGGGGAGGGCGUCUCGCGGCGUGGCGGAGCGCGUCCCCGCCGCACGCCGCCUGUUCGACGAAAUGCCUCCGCGGCGAGACGGCGCGCCGACGCCGACCUCCUCGCCACCGCCGAGCCCCGGCGGCACGCCCUCCGCUUCCAAGGGCGCGACUCCCCCACCCUCGUCUCCGCACCCCGCCUCCAAGGGCCCGUCCGCUCCGGGUGGCACCGGCACCGACGAUGAGGCCGCUGCUACCCCUCCCUCAUCUCCGCGCUGCGGCGGAAGCCCCCCCGUCGCCUCGAGAUCCCCAGCAUCGUUCUCCUUCCCCGCCUCUCCACGGGUGCACUGCGGCGGCCGCGGAAGCCCCCCCACGGCCUCGCCAUCCCCAACACCAGCUUCCUCUCCAGGGGUUGGCGUCUCCCUUGUAGAGCUGGUGGCGACCGGCGACGGCAAGCCUGCGGCGGGCGCGCACGAGGAGGAAGGGGAGGUGGAGAAGGCGAUGGAAGACCCCGUCAAGACGACCGCGCGCUCUGACCCGGAGAAGCAGCUCUCAUCUGCUCCGGGUGGUACCGGCACUGGCGACGCCACCGCCGCUACUCCACCCUCAUCUCUGCGCUGCUGCGGAAUCCCCUCCGCCGCCUCGACGCCCCCCGCAUCAGCCUCCCGACCUACCUCUCCACGGGUUCACUGCGGCGGAAGCACCCCCAUGACCAUCAGUUCUGACGCCGUCUCUGAGUCGGGAAAACAGAGCCUGCACGAGGUGGACCUUGAUCCGACGGAUAGGAAGCCGAGCCAGCAUAAGCUUGCAGAAGAGGCGGAGGAGGUGGAGCAACGGGAGAAUGUUGCGACGCAGAGAGGAAAACAACUUGAGGAGCGGGAGACACUCUUGAGGCAGACGCAUUACGCUGUUCCGCAAGGUCAUGCAGGAGUGAGCAACUGGGUGGAGAAGGAGGAGGAGGAGGAGAAGAGGAAGAGGAAGGGGAAAGAGAAGGAGGAUGAGGGUGAGGAGAAUGAGCAGGAGCAGGGGAAGGGAGAACAUAAUCAUAGCUGUCCUGGGUCUGGAUUAUUUCCUUGGACUGCAGAGCUACCCAGGGACGAUGCAUUGGCAGCACUGAAGCAACAACUGCUUAUGCCCCAACAGUCAAAAUUAAUGCCCACUCCGUCGGAUACGCCCAAUGCAGCAACAGCUGAGAUUACGGCAAUGACCAUGAGGACUUCCACACCCAAGGCCAAGGUAUACCAGUUUGAGACUCGUUUUAUGGCUCCCAGCCUUGAUCAGAGUACUUCUGAAAUCAACGAUCUUGAGAUGGUGAAAGUUGGCCUCCUUGUUCUUACAAGAUUGAGCGAGAACUUGCACGAGAGGAGGUUAUAUUCAACCAUUCAUGAAGUACUGAAAGCUGCAGUUGCUACAUACAAUACCAAUCAGCUUAUGACAGAGCGAGAUCGUGUGAGGUGGGAGAUCAGAAAGAUACUGACAGAUCAGACACAGAACCUUGGAAUUGCCAUUGAUGACGUCUCCAUUGUAAGCCUGAGCUUUGAAAAGGUGUUUACUCAGGACAUUCAAGAGAAAGAGGUGACUACACAAGAAGACAGGCAAGGUAACAGGACUACACAAGAAGCUGGGCAAGAUAACAGGAGUGCAAUGAUCAGGUCACAGGACGACGACCAGAUCUGGAACAAGAGGCAGAUUGGUUAUAUUUUUGAUCUAGGUACUGCGCUGGGCAUUAUAUUUUUGAUUCGACCCUGGUUGCCUAGUAGCUAUGACCGAUGGAUAAUGGCUGCAUUUGCUGCCGUUUGGGGGGCGGGCAGUGUGGGCUUGCCCAUUGGAAUGUUUGGCACCUCCAGGGUUGAAAAAAAUUGCAGUCGGCAUGUAGGGCGAUUCAUCUCUCUUUCCUUCUCACUGCUUGUCAUCCAUGCAAUCUACAUCCUGACACUAAAUGUCGCCGGCACUCCACCAACCCCAUCUGUGUCGUCAUUUGGAAUCACCAACGGUGAUGGUGAUGGUGAUGCUGACUGGUGGACAACUGCUGGCUUCAUUGUGAUUGCGGCUCUAGUGUCAUUUGGGCACCUAUGGUCCUGGAUAAGAGGGUGUUGUACAGGUGGUGACAGGGACAUGUUGCCUUGAAUGUUGACAACAGUCUGGUGUAACCCUGGCCAUGUCAGCUCUCUUUUUCCGAGCCCUGAGACGGGAAAGCAAGAAGAGUUUGUCUCGUCUACGGUAUUGAAAUGCUCGCUGGUUAUGCUAUAUCGCUGUGAUGAUCAAUGUAGAUUUUUGCCUUUGCUGCUGUUUGGCUGGUACAGGAAUACGGAUAUGCCGAGUUGCUGACACAAGCUCUCCAGGUCUGUUGGGGCCUUUGUAUAUGCGGUGCUUAUGCUGUUGAAGUGUUGAUACUCAUAGAAUAGAAUAGAAUAGAAUAGAAUAGAAUGUUUUUUUGGAAAGAGUAGAAGGGUUUCUGUGCAGUGUUUGAAUGCGUGAUGAGAGGUCGUUGGUGUGUUGUUUUGGAUCUCGGCCACUCAGUGUGAUGUUGGGAGUAUGAUUUUCGCCGUAUGUUGCGUGAAAUUGGUUUUGCAUUUUAA